UUAAUACAAAGUGAACUCUAACGACCUCAACAACAAACCGACGAGCCCAUGACAACAAAACGAUAUCAUGGACCCCUGGACCAAAUGGAAGGACUGAGCACGAACAGGGUUUUUCAUCUGAACACGACCGCCGAUAUUCUGAUUAUUUUUAAAUCUUCUUGAAUACAGGGUUUCAAUGGCUUGGCUAAAACUUGUCCCGGAGGAUUACCUGACAUAGCAAUGAAUAUUAUCGACGUAUGGAUUCAAUCCUUAUGAUGCUUUCAUACAUAACAGCAUGUAUCGAGGCAAGAUCAAAGGCGACCACUGGCCUCAUUUUCUUCGAUGAUUGGGUCGAGUCUCUGAUCUCCCCAGAUCAGUGGGUGUCGCCCCAACCCCCAUUGGCUGAGAGCUAUCUACAAACUGUUGAUGGUCAGAGCCAUAGCAACGGGAGAACUGUAUAAAACGAGCAUCGCAUUCAGUGAGUGGACAUACUUUCAUCUUUUGCUGUAGACACAUCGCACGUCGAAGGCAUCUUGUGAAUUUCGGACAUCACUGUCAACAAUUUUUUUUCCUGAACACUUGAUAACUCAAGAACUUCAAUAUGCGUGAAUGUAUCUCUAUCCACGUCGGCCAAGCCGGAGUCCAGAUCGGUAAUGCCUGCUGGGAGUUGUACUGCCUUGAGCACGGCAUCCAGCCUGACGGUCAGAUGCCCUCAGACAAGACCAUCGGAGGUGGUGAUGACUCCUUCAACACCUUCUUCAGUGAGACUGGAGCUGGCAAGCACGUCCCCCGUGCCGUAUUCGUCGAUCUCGAGCCAACCGUAGUCGAUGAGGUUCGUACUGGUACCUACCGUCAGCUCUUCCACCCUGAGCAGCUGAUCACCGGCAAGGAGGAUGCUGCCAACAACUACGCCCGUGGUCACUACACCGUUGGAAAGGAACUGAUCGAUAUUGUCCUCGACAGGAUCAGGAAGCUGGCUGACCAGUGCACAGGUCUCCAGGGAUUCCUCAUCUUCCACAGCUUCGGUGGUGGCACCGGCUCUGGCUUCACCUCUCUGUUGAUGGAACGUCUUUCCGUCGACUAUGGAAAGAAGUCCAAGCUGGAGUUUGCCAUAUAUCCCGCUCCCCAGAUUUCCACUGCCGUCGUCGAGCCUUACAACUCCAUCCUGACCACCCAUACCACCCUCGAGCACUCCGACUGUGCCUUUAUGGUCGAUAACGAAGCCAUCUACGAUAUAUGUCGUCGUAAUCUCGACAUCGAGCGACCUACUUACACCAACCUGAACCGUCUCGUCGGUCAGAUUGUUUCAUCAAUCACUGCUUCUCUUCGUUUUGACGGCGCCCUCAACGUCGAUCUUACCGAGUUCCAGACCAACUUGGUGCCCUAUCCACGUAUCCACUUUCCUCUUGCCGUCUAUGCCCCGGUCAUCUCUGCUGAAAAGGCCUAUCACGAGCAGUUGACGGUUGCCGAGAUCACCAACGCCUGUUUCGAGCCCGCUAACCAGAUGGUGAAGUGUGACCCUCGUCACGGCAAAUAUAUGGCAUGCUGUCUCCUCUACCGUGGUGAUGUCGUCCCCAAGGAUGUCAACGCCGCCAUCGCUACCAUUAAGACCAAACGUACCAUCCAGUUCGUCGACUGGUGUCCAACUGGGUUCAAGGUCGGUAUCAACUACCAGCCUCCCACCGUCGUUCCUGGUGGUGAUCUUGCCAAGGUUCAGCGUGCCGUCUGCAUGUUGAGCAACACUACCGCCAUCGCCGAGGCCUGGGCCCGUCUCGACCACAAGUUUGAUCUGAUGUACGCCAAGCGUGCUUUCGUCCAUUGGUAUGUCGGAGAGGGUAUGGAGGAAGGAGAGUUCUCUGAGGCUCGUGAGGAUUUGGCUGCUCUCGAGAAGGACUACGAAGAAGUUGGAACCGAUUCCGUCGAAGGGGAAGGAGAAGAGGAGGAAGGAGACGAAUAUUAGCUUGCCUUUAAACCCGAAGUCAUAGAUUUGGUUUGAGAAAUUGAUCGUUUCACCUAAAACAAUAUCUACCUAAUUCCUAAAGCUUUCCCAUGUGGGAGGGAAAAUAUGAUUCCCAUUUCAGUAUUUGAAAUAAAUGUCUACCUUUGACAUAUCUCUUGCAGUCUUGGCAAAAAGGA